AUGGGGGUUGAAGGAGAAUAUUAUAAUGGUCCCUGCAAAUUAUUAGAACUCCCACAAGAUGUUUUGAGAAUCUUAUUUUCUUAUGUGGAUGCCACUGCUCUUUUUAAUUUGAGCCAAGUAUGUAAUUACUUGAAAGAUUUCAUUGAGGAUCCAGCAUUUUGGCGUUAUGUAGAUGCAAGAGAUGAUCCUAACAUACCUGAUAAAUUGGAAUAUUGUACCAAUAGGGUACAUGACAAAUCAACCCACCUACUCCUGCAAGGCAACCUAAAUUUAUAUGAUUUACCUGAUAGCUUUUUUGAUAAAAUAAAGCCCUAUGAAAAUCUCAGGGUACUAGCUUUAGAAAAUUUGAAACUACAAGGAUCCAGAGUUACUCUCAAGGACUUCCCUUCAGGCUUGGAAGAACUAAGUCUUAGGAGAACAUAUUUGAAGAAUUCAAAAUAUUUCUUCCAGCACUCAGUUAGGAACAUGCCCAAACUCAAGGUGCUUGUUUUGGAUGAAUGCUGUUGGGUAACCUGCAGCUUUCUACUUUCUGUCUCAAAAUACGAACACCUAGAAAUCAUCUCUAUUGUCAAAUGCAUAAGAGUUCACAUGAACAUGAUUCCAUAUCUGAACGUUUCCAAGUUCGGCUGUAAAAAACUGAAGGUUGUAGAUUGCAGAUUCACAGGCAUCGGUGGUGAUUUAAUUCGCACGUUUUUUUCGAGCAGUUCUAUCCAGAGGUUGUAUUUCCAGAGCUUCAAAUCUGGAGAGGUGGACUACAACGAGAGAAUAAUAAAUUCUGACGGUGAUCCUAAAAAGAGAUCUCCGGCUGAUACGAGCACAGACAUAAGUAUCUCGGAUAAUCAUCUUGCAGAUUAUGCUUCCACUAGUUCUAAACCUAAAAAUGAAAUCGAACCGGUUUUUGACAGUGUUCUGUACCGGGAUCCUUAUCCAGAAUGCACAUGCGGAGCUGAUGGGUCCAAAGAAGAAUUUGGAGUUGAUGAGAUGAUAUAUUGUGAUGACGACAACUUGAAUAUUCCAUAUGGAAGAGGAGAAACUAAAUUCGUAUGCAAUAAACAUAUGAAGGAUAUAGUCGACUUACCAUCAAGUUUCAGAAAUUUUUUUCUCACUCAACAGCGGCGAUUCAAUCCAGUCUCUGAAGCCGACGAGGAUUCGGACUCGAACUCCGAGGACGAGGAGGGUGGCUGCUGCUAUUUCGGCAUGGGCACCAAGAUGGUCCUGCCGAGCACCCACGACCGCACCCCCUCCAGAACGGAGGAGAUGAGUCUGCCGGGCGAGGGCGCUCGCAACCAGAGCCCUAGGGUGCUCAUAUUGAACCCUCUCGGAGAAUUGGAACGAGAGAACGGCGCCAUUAACGAUCAGAGACCAAACAGUUCUAGUGAUAACACGAAUCGAGAGAGGAACACGACAAAAAAAAGACACGUCAGUAGCGACGACAGCGACAGUGACGUUGACGGUUUGGAACGGAAGAGAAUGAAGUUGAUGUCGACUUUGUUGAACAGUGCGGAAAACGUCAGAGAUCGAAUAGAGAAAAUCAGGGUCAAAAAUGGCAUGCCACCCACUCAGCGUAGAAGUUCAGUCACCGAAGACGACCCCGACGACACACCCUCGAUGCCGUCGUGCUCGACGAACGGCUCCAACAAGAGGCGGCGACUGGAGAAGGAGGAGUCGCCGCGGGGGGCAGGCGAUCGCCCCUCCUGCUCCUCCCACACGCCCGAAGGCGGGAGGCGGGAGACGGUCGAGGAGAGGCCACCGUGUACGGUCAGGACGGCAGAUAGGAAAGUGAUCUUCGAGGUAUCGAUGUCCGGCGACGAGGAAUGCUCGACGUCUAGCGACUACAGCAGCUCGUCACUGAGCUCGGGGGCGGGGUCAGAAAGUAAAAGGGCGGAAUCAAGAAGUGGGGCGGGGUCGGGAAGAGGGGCGGAGUCGGGAAAAGAGACGGAGGCGGGAAGAGGGGCGGAGUCGGGAAGUGGGGCGGGGUCAGGUAGGGGGGCGGUGCUUGGUGUUUUACCGGUUCGGGAGGAUGGGGGAGGGGCGGGCGAUCGGUCAGGCGGCCGUGGACCGGCCGGUUGGAGAGUGGAUCCCCACAAUAAUAGGAACUAUGUGAUAUUUAAUGAACAGGAUCGCAGGCGAUUGAAAUUCAAAAUACCCUUGAGGAGAUUGUCACUGAGGGGUUAUAGAAAAAUCACCGAUGUCACGCUGAUAUAUUUGAAAAAUAUAGAUUUGGAGUUGAUAGACUUGACUUAUACAAGCGUUUCCAAACAAGGAAUAGAGGAUUUUCUUGUUCACAAUCCAAACUGUAGAGUCAUUCAUCCUUUGUAUUGUACAUGCAAGCCGAAAAAUUCUUUAUUCUAA